AUGAGUGACAAAUAUCUGGAAACUGAUCUGAAUGUUCCCGAUUUCUUAAUACAUCACUAUUAUAUAACUGGUUGCAUUUGCAUUUGUUUAAACUCAUUUGUGUUUUAUCUCUUGCUAUUCAGAAAAGGAAAAUUGGACAGUUUUCGAUAUUAUCUCCUAGCGUUUCAGACAAUAUGUUUUUUGAGUGAUUUUCAUUUAUCAUUUUUGAUGCAGUUCGUUCCUUUCUUUCCAUUUAUCAUUGGUGGAUUUGCAAUUGGAGCAUUCCCAAGUUUUUCCCUUCUAACUCCUCAUUACUGCAUGACAAUUUUGUCCUUUUUAGUUGGAUUCCAAAUCAAUUUGCUUACUAUUUGCUUUCUCAGAAAACAUCGAGUAAUUUCUAAAGUUACUGGAAAAUAUAUUUUGUCUGAAACAAUUUAUUACUCUAUUGUGGUAUCAUGUAUAACGAUUCCCUUCACGUAUUCUAUACCAUUUCAUUUGACUGGAAAUACACAGAAACAGAAACUCGAGAUAAUUGAUCGGAAAUACCCUUUAUACCGGACCCGCUUUGAACAAUUGAAAAACUUUGAGAUUUACGAAUUUACAAUCUGGAUGCAAAUAUUUUCGGGAAUGGUUAUGGCCGGAUGUGUUCAUGCGGUAUCCAUUGUUUCUAUCUACAUUGGAGAAACACAAGUCGUCGUUGAGGAGUCUUAUUGGACAGUUCUUGACAACGCCAAUUCAAUUCUACCAUCUGUGUUUAUAGUUGCUACAAUUGUAGUUCCUUUUGAAGGAGCACAAGUGUUUUCCUGGUACAUGCUAAUGGUGAUGACAACACACUCCACAAUAAAUUGUCUCGUUGUAAUCUUCACAUUCCCCGAGUUUCGUGCUUUCGUCCUUUUUUGGAGUGAAGAAGGUAAACGAUUCAGAAAGAGACAGAUGACCAGUGGACCAACAUCGCUUGUGACCCUCCGAACAGCUCGAAAUGCAUUUAUGAAUACACUACAUUAA